GCCGAGUGGAGUUGAGAAAUCGAGUCGCAAGCAGCAAACGAACUAACGAGGAGUAUUGUGGGAAAAUAUCACUCAGAACCCGGCAAAAAUGUCUCGUAGAUAUGAUUCAAGGACGACCAUCUUUUCGCCUGAAGGGCGAUUGUAUCAGGUAGAGUAUGCCAUGGAGGCGAUUGGCCAUGCCGGCACUUCCCUUGGAAUCCUAGCAUCCGACGGCGUGCUGCUGGCUGCCGAGAGAAGGAACACGCACAAGCUGUUAGACGAGGUGGUCUUCUCAGACAAGAUCUACAAGCUUUACGAUAAUAUGGCGUGCAGUGUGUCAGGAAUCACCUCAGAUGCAAACGUCCUCACCAAUGAACUCAGACUCAUAGCACAGAGAUAUUUACUCCAGUACCAAGAACCAAUGCCUUGUGAGCAGCUUGUCAGCACGUUAUGUGAUGUCAAACAGUUCUACACACAGGCAGGCGGCAAGAGGCCGUUUGGUGUGUCCAUCCUGUACAUGGGGUGGGACAAGCAUUAUGGCUUCCAGCUCUACCAGAGUGAUCCCAGCGGCAACUAUGGUGGCUGGAAAGCGACAUGCAUCGGAAACAACAGUGCUGCAGCAGUAUCCCUGCUGAAGCAGGAGUACAAGCAAGAAGGCGUGGAUCUGAAGGCGGCGCUACAACUGGCUCUGAAGACCCUCAGUAAAACACUGGACAUGACCAAGAUCACACCAGAAAAAAUCGAGAUUGCCACACUAACGAGGGAAGACAACAAAACCAAGAUCCGCAUCAUGCCACUCAGCGAGCUGGAGGUGGCCAUCAAGGAGUACGAAGAUAAUGAAGCCAAGAUUGAAGCUGAAAAGAAAAAAGAGAAGGAGAAAUCCUCUGCCUCCGCGAGCCACUGACGUCCCUCCAUUCCCCCCUUGAUCUCAGUGACCCGUUCCAGCUUCUCCAUGCACAUGUAGUUGACAAUUUUUAUGACUUGACUUGCGACUUCAUUUCACUCUAUUGACUGCCUGGCACCUGAAAGUUUCAAUCGUAGCCAGCACUCUACGCUACAGACCUCAACCAACAAGGACUUGCUGUGAAACACUUGGAUAAGUCAUCACAUAAAAGCUGUCAUUCUCCAGCACUGACAUAAAUCCUGGUUUAUUUGGUUAUCUUUGUGAAGCUAUUUUAUUGCACCAAACAGCCCUCCGCCAACAUGAAUCCCACAUUUAAAUCAUAUUCCACAUGGAUAACUUUUUACAGUAAAAUCAACUUUUCAAAAUCAGUGCACAUGCUUGAGGCAAUGGUACAGUUUUGACUCAAAUUCUCCUGAAGUUUAUAACCUAAUUAUUCUAAUUCACGCUAUGAAAGUCCGUCACUUAAAAAGUGGUUAAUAAAAGUGAUAAUUUGAGUGUAUUUCAGUCUAAUAGCAAUGUGCAACAUUUUCUAUGUGUAGGGUUUAGACUGGUGUUUGUCCUUCAUCGGUGGAGAAAUAUAAAAUUCCACUGGUUGUGAGAGGUAGUAGUUUGCAUUAUUGUGUUAUUUUUGUUUGAUAGUUGGACUAACAUUUUAGUCUCAGUAAAUUUUUGUUUAAACAACUUUUUUGUACUUAUGGUAUUCAGUACAGAAAAAGGGAAGCUUAAUUUGACAUGGUUGACAAGCACUUUCAUACCCAUAUGGGUUUCUCAAACACACAAAAACACAGAAAAUAAAAAUUAAUAAAAGGUAAUUAGAUGUGCCCCUAUAUGUCAUGUCCUGUAUAAAGCAGGCUUCUUGAAAAGAACACUGA